AUGGAAUCACUAAGCUUAUGCCAAAUUCUACCGCUGAUCCUCUGCAUCUUCCUCUUCUUUAUAUUGAAGAAGAUUAAAUCCUCCAAAUUCUCCAAGACUAUUAAGCUUCCCCCAGGACCAACGAAACUCCCCAUUAUAGGAAACAUUUUCCAGCUUCUCGGUGACCAUCCUCACCGAAGGUUGCGUGACCUUGCCAAUGAGUAUGGCCCACUGCUUCUCCUCAAACUUGGAGAAGUAAAUCAUAUAGUCGUCACAUCCUCAGAAGUUGCCAGCAAGGUUAUGAAGACCCAUGACAUCAACUUCGCUUCACGACCAGAGUUCCUUGCCACCAAAAUCCUCUUUUAUGAUAGCACCAGCAUCGGCUUUUCUAUCUACAGUAAACACUGGUCACAGCUACGCAAGAUAUGCACAGUUGAAGUACUCAACGCCAAGCGCGUCCAGUCUUUCAAUUUCUUAAGGAAGGAAGAAGGAGAAAACAUUGUGAAUAAGAUCCGCAUGGCGAGGGGAUCCCCUGUGAACCUUACCGAGAUGUUUGUAUUUUUGACGAGAACGACUGUUUCUCGUGCGGUAUUCGGGAGGGACAUCGCUCAAAAGAAAAAUUUUCUAAGUGCAAUGAGAGACGCGUCUAAGUACUUGAUUGUAGAUCUUUUCCCAUCUUUGAAGUUCAUUAGCAAAUUCACUGGUUCGAAGGCUCGGUUGGACAGAGUGCAUCAACAACUGGAUGAGAUUUUGGAUGAGAUUUUGGAGGAGCAUCGAGCUAGGAAAUUCAAGAGAGAUGACGCUGUCGAGGAUAUAGUUGAUGUUUUGUUCAGACUUCAGAAUCAAGGGGAGUUGGAUAUUUCUCUUACCAACAACACUAUCAAAGCUGUGCUAUUGGAUUUAUUUUUGCCAGGAACUAUCACCUCAUCUGCUGCAUUGGAUUGGGCCAUGUCUGAGCUCAUUAAAAACCCCAACAUCUUAAAAAAAGUUCAAUCAGAGGUGAGAAAUGCCUUCAAUGGAAAAGAAAAUAUGGAGGAGAGUGACAUCAGCAAGCUUCCCUAUUUGAAUAAGGUAAUUAAAGAAACAUUUAGACUACAUCCUGCGGGACCGUUAUUACUUCCUAGAGUUUGUCGCAACACAAUUGAAUUGGAGGGAUACACAAUACCUGUUGGAAGUCGGAUUUUGAUCAAUGCAUGGGCUAUCAUGAGGGACCCAAAAAGUUGGGUUGAUGCAGACAUCUUCCGACCUGAGAGAUUUGAAGAGGUGACAUUUGAUUUUAAAGGGUCUAACUUCGAGUACAUUCCCUUUGGUGGAGGAAUGAGAAGUUGUCCAGGCUCAACAUUUGCAUUAGCUGGCAUAGAGUACUGGCUUGCACAAUUACUCUUUCACUUUGAUUGGGAGCUCCCUGGAGGAAUGAAUCCCGAGAAAUUGGAUAUGGAAGAACAUUUUGGGUGUGCAGUAUCUAGAAAAAAUGAUUUGCUCUUAGUUGCCACUCCAUACAAAUAAUUUUUCAUUUCCUAUACAAAAUAAUACCAGAUGUUCUUCUAAAAA